AUGCAUCCAGGGAGCGCGGCCGCUUUCCUGCUGGUCCUGCUGGCGGCCAACCACUCCUCGCUGCUCCGCUGCGCCUGCGACCACUUCGCCAACGUCACCGACGUCGACGGCCGAGGCGGACUCAGUCACAGUCAGGCGGAGAUAUGGACAAACUACUGUCUCCACCAGAGGAGGUAUUUCCUGACUGAAACGUGCAAGAUCCUGGCGCCGCCGUCCACCGCGGUGACAGCUGUGGCCCACCUGGUGCCGGACGUCCGGAAUGAUGGACAGCCGCUCCCUGGAGGGGAAGCCCCGCAGCCUGCUGACAAUGAGACGUGUGGCGCCGCCCUGGCGGCGGUUCCCGGCCUCACGCAGGCCACGGCCAGCCUACUCGCCAGCGCCAGAGCCCUCAUGCGCCGCGCUGCUGCCGACUGCAUCGACUCCUGCUCUGUGGAGGGGUUCAACGACGUGGAAUGGAAUCUGGAGACGUUGUCAACCGAUCAUCGGAGGCAGCCUCUGCUCUCCCAGUUACUCCAGGCUGCUCGUCGCAUCACGCAGGCCAUAGUCUCCAGGAGUGACCUUGCCUAUACAUACAACAGGCAUUUUUUUCGGAGUUACCAGUACUUGAACAAAACUGAACUCGAGGCUGAGGUACCGGUGUUCCUUGAGUAUCUCUCCAAUUACUGGCGAGACUCCGUCCAGCUGCUCUCGCUCGGUGUGACGCAUAUCUCACAACUGUUCGUUCCCAUGGCAUUUGAACACGUGGCAGCCGCUGUUGAAUGACGGCCUGCUGUCCUAUCACGAGCACUACCUCUCCUUCCGUGGCGACUUCAGUGCGCAGUGUGAGGAGCAGCAGCCGCAGGCAUACCAGGUGUUCGGCCUGGCCGACGCAC